AUGCGAACAGAAGAUUUACGAUAUCUUCAAUUACUUGAUCGACUUCGUUAUGGACAAUGCAACUAUGACGACUAUGAAUUAUUGCAAACACGAGCUGUUGGACAACCAUCAAUCGAAUCUUUACAUGAUUCGCCAUGGAACAAGGCACCCAUCCUCGUGUUCCGAAAUGAAAUUCGAACACAAAUAAAUAACAAGGCAGCAAUUCAUAAUGCAACACAAAUUGGUCAUCCACUGAUGAUAAGAAACGAAAAAAAAUCAAAUCAAAAGACAAUAUUAUCCAUUAAACGUACUGCAUUACCACUUGUACCUGCUUAUUGUAUUACAACGCAUAAAAGUCAAGGUCAAACAUUGAGCAAAGUGGUUAUCGAUUUAAAAUUACCAAAUGAAACGGAUGAUAUUGCAGCAGUCUACGUGCCAUUAUCUCGUGUAAAACGUUUGGUCGAUUUAGCUAUUAUACGACCAUUUGAUAAUAAAGUUUUGCUGAUGAAACCAUCGAAAUCUCAAGUUACCGAAAUGGAAAGAUUGGAUCAGCUGUUUUUGAAUACACGAUCACGAUUUCCGGAAUGGUUUCAAUGA